AUGAUAAUAAUAAAUAUUCGAGGUCCAACGGCUCUACAACCCAACGAAGUGGUACGAAGUGUACGCUGUACGCUGAGAGGUUACGAAGGUGAUUUGCAACAAUUGCAGCGGAAUUUCAAAAAUUCCGAAUUGCAGUUGGAAGAACUGAGUAGACGUUACGAGAACGUUGAGGAUAUGCGAAAACGUCUCGAGAAGCAGCUGGCGGACACGAAAAAAGAGCUGCUGAUCAGUGAAAAUUCUUUGGACGAUGCAAACCGUGAGGUGAAUCGUUUAGAAGACAAAUUGAGCGUGUCGGAAUCGGAGAACGCGUUCGCUGAGGGGGUACGGAGCAAAUUGGAGGACGAGAUUAGACGAUUGAAAAUAACGUUGGAGCAAGCGGAUAUAGCGGGAUUACGGAAGGCUUUAGAGGAUUGUGAAGCUGAGAAGAAAUUAGUUGAGGAGGAUUACAAGAUU